AUGUUUGCGCCUGGCAGCGUGCUGUGCCGGUUGGGGGACCCAGUGGACCGCCUGAUAAUAACCAUAUCUGGGCAGGUCAAUGUGGAGUCACCGGCGAACUUUGACGGCUGCGACAGCCCCACCGGCCGCGCCUGCUCCACCCCCGGCGCCCCCGGCCCCGCCCCGCCGCUCCGCCCGGCCUGCCUCGGCGCCGCCUGCGUCCUGGCGGCGCACUCGGCCGCGAGCGGGGGCUUCCCACCGCUCGCCCUUUACGGCGCCACGGCGGUGGCCCGGGGCCGGGUGGAGGUGAUGGUGGUGCCGGCGGACCGGGUGGCGCUGGUGGUCGCGCAGGAAGCGUCCCCAGACGUCCCCGCCAUCAAGGAGCUGCUGCGGGGCCUGCCGGCGCUGGAGUGGCUGCCCGACGGCCCCCUGACGGCGCUGGCCAUCAACGCGACGCUCAGGCAGUACGCGCCUGGCGAGGUCAUUAUCCGCCAGGGUGCGAACGCUGACGCGUUUGCUUUUGUGGUGUCUGGCGCGGUGCGUCUGCUGCGGGCGCUGCCAAUUCCCCCCGACCUGCUGGACGAGCGGCGGACGCAGGGUGUCGUGUUCAGGGCAGAGCGGGAGCAGGCCUACCAAUGCGCACUCAAGGGUGAGCGGCUGCCCGGGGCCCAGGAGGGCGGCGGCGGCUCGACGCCGAGGCCAGGUGCCGCGCUGCGGCGCAGGGGUGGCACCGCCGCGUCUCUGGAGGAGGGCCGGCCGCCGCAGCCGGCGGCGCCGAGGGACGACGGCGGCAGCGGCGCCGGCGGCAGAACCGGGGCGCUCGGUUCGCCGCUGGAUGAAGGCGCGGCGGGCCAGCGGCCGCCAGUGCGGCCGGGCCAGGGCGCCGCAGCCGCGCCUGGCGGCUGCGCGAUGCGGCGCCCGUCUGUGCCGUUGCUGUGCCUUCCGCCGCUGGGGCCGGGAGAAACUGCCGAGCAGACGCCGGCGUUUGGCGGCGGCGGGAGUGGCGAUGCCGCGGCGGCUGACGGGCUGGCUGGUGCUGAUGGGGCGGCACAGCAGGAGGCCUCUGGCGGCGGCGCGCACGUGGAGGGGUUGGCGCCGCUGGUGCAGGCCAUUGAAGCGGCAAUGAAAUGGGCCCACAAGUCAAAGAAGUCAGCGGCCGCAGCGGCCGCGCCCAGCAGCGGCAACCCCAAAACGCCGCGCGGCGGCGGCGUGCUUGCGGCCGCGACGCCGCGUGGGGGGCCGACCACUGCUAGGCGGCGGGCGGCCUUCCCCGCCACGGCGGCCGCCUCGCCCCUCACGGCGAACGCGGGCCCGUGGUCGCAGGACGCCGGCGCCGGGGCGGCUUCCAAAGGCGUGCGGUGGUCUGUAGCCGCCGCGGCCGCCGCGGCAGGCAGCGAUCCCAGGAUCAGUCCCAGCGGCGGCGUGCGCGCGGGCGGCAGCAACCGCCGCGCUCGGGCGCCCGCCAGCCGGCGGGUGCCGGAAAAAGACAGCCCAGCGGACGACACGGGCGACGGCGACGGCGGCAAAGGCGGCGGCGUGCAUGACGACGCUGGCGGUGCGGAGUCGGGGCCAGCCGAGGGCGCGUGGCCGCGGGUGGUGGUCCAGCUGGGGCGGCUGGGGCCUGGACAGUGCUUUGGCGACGUGCGGGAGGGCUGCGUCAAAGGCGCCUGUGGGUACAGCGCUGUCGCCGACGCCCCCUGCGACGUACUCGCAGUCGGCCGGCAGGUCGUCGCGCGCGCUCUGGGGCCGUCGCUGCUGCCCUUGCUAUGGGAGGCCGCCCCCGAGGGCCGCCCCCGCGGCGCGGCGCGGCCGAGUGACGCGGCGCUUCGGGAGCAGCUGCUGGGGGGCCUGGAGUGGGAGGCGCGCAAGGCGUGCAUGGCGGCGGCGCGCGCGGAGCGGCGGCGGCGGGCGCGGCAAGAGGUUCAUGGUGGCGCGGCGUGGGGUGACGGCUGA